CUCCACGCCGGAAAAUGGCGGCGGCCGCCUGGACCAGCAGGUCUCUGGCCCCGCGGCUGCCCCGCAGGCUCCCGCCCUGGUUACGCGCUGGCGGCGCUGCGGGCUACGCGGUCGCGCUGAGGGGCGGCGCGGGGGGUCUCCCAGGUACAUCAGUACAGAGGGGAAGACCAAAUGGAAGACUAAACGGAAGACAAAAGAGAGAGCCUGGACCUCCCAGGACUGAGAAGAUGGAGGUUGAUCAGGACUGGACCAGCGUUUACCCAGCCACAGCUGCUUUUAAACCUUCUUCAGUGCCCCUCCCCAUUCGGAUGGGCUACCCAGUGAAAAGAGGAGUACCUCCUGUGAAAGAAGGCAACUUGGAACUUAUAAAGAUCCCCAAUUUCUUGCAUCUAACACCAAUUGCCAUCAGGAAACACUGUGCUGCUCUUAAAGACUUCUGCACGGAGUGGCCAGCUGCCCUGGACAACGAUGAGAAAUGUAGGCAGCAUUUUCCCAUAGAAAUUGAAACAACAGACUACAUUUCAGCAGGCCCAUCUGUUCGUAACCCUAAAGCAAGAGUGGUGACUUUAAGAGUAAAGCUUUCAAGUCUCAACUUGGAUGACCAUGCAAAAAAGAAGUUCAUUAAACUUGUAGGGGAGAGAUACUGCAAGGGCACAGAUACCCUGACCAUUACAACAGACAGGUGCCCCUUAAGAAGGCAAAACUAUGACCACGGAGCAUACCUUCUGACAGUGCUGUUCCACGAAUCAUGGAAAACUGAACCAUGGGAAAAAGAAAAGACUCGAGCUGAUAUGGAAGAAUAUAUGUGGGAGAACAGUGCCUCUGAAAAGAAUGCUUUGGACACACUGCUUCGAAUCCGAGCAGCUGAAACAAAUGAGGAAACCAGCAGAGAGGCACUACUUGCCUCAGAGAUCGUUCACGACUACAAAAAAUCAAUGGUUGUGCUGAAAAAUGAAGGAGAAACAGAGAAGAAUCUUUCAGAGUAUAAGGAGUCUGUCAAACGAUUACUAAACAUGAAUGCCUCAUAGCGGAAGGACUUUUCUGUUUAUAUAUACAUCAUAAAAUUCGCAUGGGUCUCUGAUGUAAACUUCUGUGACCUUUGACCUUUCUGUGAUCAGUUUCUUACACCUGUAACCUUACUAUUCUGGCAACACACAUUCCCUGUAUAUAAAAGAUACAUUGUCUAAGGAAGGCCUAGUAACCUAAUGUUGUGUUCUAGGCAUCUUUAGGAUUCCUUUCACUUUACAAACAUUCUGGGGUUUUUUUCAUGAAUGAGUAGCUUUCACUGAAGCCUCACUUCAGCGUUCCUUUGAACUAGCAUGUUCCUAGUCCACAAUUGUGGAAACAUGAGUACUUUUGCAUAAAGCGAAAGAUUGCGGGGGGUGGGGGGCUGCUGCUGUAAUGGCAGAUCUCACGUUCGCCUCAGCGUCUUCCCCCGUGUAAUGUUUAGUACAACUUGGUUUGAGGAUUUUCUUGUCUCAUGCCACAUAAAGUAGCUGCCACUGGCUGGGUGAGGAAGUGAACCAAACUGUAGCCUAGACAAAGCCUUCGUUAUAGUACCACUUCAGUCAAAUCACAUGGGGAUACAGCUCUUGAGAAGAGGGGAGGGAAUUUUGUCUGCCAAGAAAUUAAGAAAAGGUGGUGGCAGAGUUCUUCAGUGGGAGUGAGCUAUAGAAAAUUUGGUGAAACAGGGAAGAAAUGGAAGAGAGCAAACUGUUCUUGGACUGCCAAAAAAUUGAACAACUUAGAUAAUACAACCUGCACUGAAUGCUACGCAUAACUAGUUGAGAUUUUUGUUGCUAUAUAUUUUUGUGGAUCAUGUGGUGUGAUAAAGUGGCUGAGGCCUUGAAAAUCCCUGGUUCAGACUUUGCCUCAGCUGUGAACUCACACCGCACCCUGAGGCAAAUCUGUCAGCAGACCCUAACCCUAUAUAUGAAAUAAUUCUGCUGGUUUUUCUUGCAGGGUACUGUUGAAGAAACUGAAAAAACAGGAUUUUCAGUGCCCCCCGAAUGCUAAAUAAAUACUUGAAAUGGCUGUUAAUCAUAA